GCAGGAGGUUGGGGUGGUCUGAAAGGAACUGUGGCCCUCUCUUCCCACACCCCAGCUCUAGGUCCUGAACUCCUUCUCCAGCAAAUGGCAGGCCUUGCGACCUUUGUGGUUAGCCUCCUGCUUGUGACCUUGUGUGCCCACUGCAUCGAUCCUGCAGGCUCUGUGUCCAUCCCCUCUUCCUGCUGCAUGUUCUUCAUUUCUAAGAAAGUUCCGGAGAACCGAGUGGCUAGCUACCAGCUGCUCAAUGGGAGCGUCUGUCCUAAGGCAGGAGUGGUCUUCACCACCAAGAAGAACCAGAAGUUCUGUGGCGAUCCCCAGCUGCAUUGGGUCCAGAAGUUGAUGAAGAUCAUAGAGGCCAGGAGGAAGAAGGUGUCUCCUGGGGUCAGGGCAAUGAGCACCAAAGCCCUGGUGCAGAGGUACCCUGCCAACAGCACCUCCAUCUAAGCACUACCCAGCCCUCAGCCUGGGGCCUGUGAACCAGUAGUGAGAGCGGGGAGAACUAAUGUCCUGUUUCCUAGCAUCAGUCUAUUAAAAAACCCAGGGCAGGGCAGGCCUGCUCUGGCGGACUGAGCAACCACUCCAAGUGUCCUGGGCCCCUUGCUUUCCCUGAGCUGGAGAAACUCCCAGAAGGAAGGUGGUGGCUGCUGUUGGUCCUCCUCCUGAGCUAGUGCGGACCGUUCUCUGCUUCCCAGGCUCCUUCAGAACCCAGGAGCGUAAGGCCCAACCUGCAGACAAACUCGGCUUGCACCUAAAAGCUUAGGCUACAACUGGCUUCUGUGGGUCCUCUGGUCUUGCAGUGGGACCUGUGGGCUGUCUAUCUGUCUGUCUGGGCAUGGAUGACCUUUAACAGCUGCGGCUCUUCAUAACAUUGCAGAUGCCCCAAGCUUGUCCCAGUUCAAGAAUCCCAGAUGAAUAAAAAUCCAAGAAAAUAUAGGGCUCUUUUGCCACACGCACUACCAGAUCCUGGCCUUCCUUGCACGCAUCUCAUGGAAUGUGAUUAAUGAAGUUUAGAAGGACUUGUUGGUUUCUGUAAUGAAAUGGACCUGGAGGGGGACGCUUGUGGGUAGCUCAGUGGUAGAGCAUCCGCCUUUGGCUCAGGUAGUGAUCCCAAGGUCUUGGGAUCAAGUCCCACAUCGGGCUUCCUGUGGGGAGCCUACUUCUCCCUCUGCCUUUGUCUCUGUAGUUUUCACGAAUAAAUAAAUAAAAUCUUUUAAGAAAUGGACGUGGCGGAUCAAGAUGAGGGGCCAGCCUAGGUAGUUUUUAAAUUUCUUUGUGAAGAUAUGGUUUGGAGAAGGCGUUCUGCUUUGUGGCAUGGCUUGCUCUGUGCUGCUUUGGGGGAGAAGGACCUGUGGUGCCUUUAAAGCUGGUCUUUUCCUACACUUGGAGGAUGAGAAGAUGGAGGGGGGGCCCUGGGGCAGGGAGAGGGAAUCCAGGAUGUUUUUUCCCCACUAUGUAUAAGGUACCAUGUGAUUUAGAUGUCAAGAGUGUGGACACACUUGCUCAAAAAACAAUUCAAAUAAAAUGUGAUUUUCCCUUUGAA